ACCUUACUCACACACUACACCAUGGGUCGCGUGCGCAACAAGACGGUCAAGAAGGCAGCCCGCCAGAUCAUUGAGAAGUACUACGCGCGUCUCACGCUCGACUUCCAGGUCAACAAGCGGAUCUGCGACGAGGUGGCCAUCAUCCCCACCAAGCGCCUCCGUAACAAGAUUGCCGGCUUCCUGACCCACCUCAUGCGCCGCAUUCAGAAGGGCCCGGUUCAGGGUAUCUCCUUCAAGCUCCAGGAGGAGGAGCGCGAGCGCAAGGACAACUACGUCCCCGAUGUCUCGGAGAUCGCCCUCGAUGUCAUCGAGAUCGACGCCGACACCCAGGACAUGCUCCGCCAGCUCAACUUUGGCAACAUGUCGGAGGUCGUCAUCAACAAGUCGCUCGGCAAGCACGAGUCGACUCGCAAGUGGACCCGCCGCCCGGCUGUCCCCGGUGCCCGCCGCUGA